AUGCAUAACCUCGGACGGAAUCCCAUAAUGUGGGUCCCUGUCGUGUUCCUACCGGCGCUGUUGUCUCUAACAGCCUAUCAAUCCUUAGCCAUGAACGCGACAACCUCAGACAACAUUCAUCAUCAUGUUCUCCAGGUUGCCAACUCAGCUUGUGAACGCAGCCUCUAUAAGGAUCUCUGCGUGUCAACCUUAGUGAAAAUCCCCGAUCUUCACGCCAAAUCUUUACCCGAAAUCAUCUCCGCCACCGUGAACGUCACCGUGUCGGAGAUUAUAACGGCCUCCGAUAACUGCAGCCGCCUCCGGCGGGCGGUUCCCGGCCUGCCAAUAAUGGAGAAUCGCGCUCUCCACGUCUGCCUGGAACUGUUCUCCGACGCGUUGGCGGAUCUCCGGACGGUCCUCGACGGUCUCGAGAAUUCUCCGGCGAAACGCUACGCCGACUUGCAGACGCUCCUCAGCACCGCCAUGACUAACCAGUACACCUGUCUCGACGGCUUUCCCGACAGCAAUAAGAACGUGCGCCCGUUAAUCAUCAAACGCAUCGAACAAAUCUCUCGCCACGUCAGCAACGCCCUGUCCAUGCUCACGAAGAUCAAGAAGGAAAAGGAUAACCUUUCUUCUUCUUCAAAUUUCCGGCGGGGAGACAGGGAAAUGAAAGAUGGGUUUCCCAAGUGGCUAUCGAGGAGAGACAGGGCGCUGCUAGAAGCUCCGACGGGUAAGAAGAAACGUAAAAUCAAGCCUGAUUUGAUUGUGGCCCAGGACGGUAGCGGCGACUAUAGUAGAAUCAAUGACGCCCUGUCAGCAGCUCCGGACGUAAGCGAUACCAGAUUUGUGAUAUACAUUAAGGCUGGUGCUUACUAUGAGUACGUAGAUGUUGGUAAGAAGAAGACCAUGAUAAUGUUCGUCGGAGAUGGCAUGGGAGAGACUCUCAUUAAAGGAAACCGGAACGCUCGUGAUGGAUGGCCUACUUUUCGUUCUGCUACCGUUGUGGUGGCCGGAUCUGGAUUCAUAGCAAAAGGCAUAACAUUCGAAAACUAUGCCGGACCGGAGAAGCACCAAGCUGUAGCAGUCAGGUCUGACUCCGACUACUCUGUCUUCUACGACUGCAGCUUUGUGGGCUACCAAGAUACCCUCUACGUUCAUUCCCGCCGCCAAUUUUUCCGGGAAUGUGACGUCUACGGCACGGUGGACUUCAUUUUUGGCAACGCCGCCGUCGUGUUCCAAAACUGCAAUUUGUACGCUCGCAGACCCAUGUACGGACAGAAGAAUGUGAUCACGGCCCAAUCAAGAAUGGAUCCUUUUCAAACCACUGGCAUUUCAAUCUUGCAUUGCAAAGUGGCGGCGGCGGCGGAUUUGAUUCCCGUGGAAUCCGCGUUCGGGAGUUUCCUCGGCCGUCCUUGGAGAAAAUAUUCUCGGACUGUUUACAUGUUGUCGAAAAUCGGGAGUUUAAUUGACCCUGCCGGAUGGAUGGAAUGGGAUGGGAACUUUGCUCUCAAAACUCUGUUCUACGGGGAGUACAAGAACAGAGGGCCCGGCGCCGAUACGUCGGAGAGAGUGACGUGGCCGGGAUAUACAGUCAUCAAAAGCGCCUCCGUGGCUAGACAAUUCACUGCUGAUAAUCUCAUCGACGGCGGUGAUUGGCUGCCCGACUCUAAAAUCCCAUAUUAUCUCGGUUUAACUGAUGAUGAUGAUGAUGACGACACUGAUGAUUAUGAUGACGACGACACUGAUGAUUAUGACGACGACGACGACACUGAUGAUUAUGACGACGACUAUUAUGGGUCUGAGAUUAUGUCCGUUUCGACUCGCCAACAUUACAUUAAAACUUAA